CAGCAUAGGUUUCCAUAAGGAUCGAGUUGGUCACAAAUGAUUCCGCGUAGUGCUAUCCAAACUCCAGGCAGCGUUAUAGGACUUCGACGGUUCCUUUACGAAUGGCGAAGGUAGCACGCACUGAGGUGGAGCAUGUAUCGACCUACAUUUUACUCAGCAGUUUUACCUAGGCGAGUUUGUUAGGAUAGACUAUUAGUUACACGGUUGCAGCAUGAGGGUAGCUGUUAUAGGAAGUGGGGCUGCUGGUCUGUGCGCCUUACGGCUUCUCAAGGAACACCCCCGGGGUUUCCAUCCCGUGGGAUUCGAGCUCAGUGCAGAGGUGGGCGGAACAUGGAAUUACACAGAUAAAACUGGAACAGAUGAACGAGGCCUGCCGGUUCAGUCUAGCAUGUACAAGAACCUACGAACGAACCUUCCGAAGGAGAUCAUGGCAUUUCCUGACUUCCCCUUUGACUCAAGUCUGCCGUCUUUCAUCCAACACACAGAUGUUGCCGAAUACCUUCGGCGUUAUGCUCAACACUUUGACCUCUACAAAUUUAUCAAGUUCAAGACAUUGGUUGAACAUGUUUCACCAGUGUGUCAACCAAACAACACUUCUGCCAUCAAAUGGAAUGUGACAUAUUCUGCAGCAGACAACAGGAAUGAGCAGACGACAGAAGAGUUUGAAUCGGUUAUCGUCUGCAAUGGGCACUAUUCUACACCCCUGAUACCCGACACCCCCGGGCUGGAUGUGUUUGAGGGGGAGGUACUUCACAGCCACAACUACAGGACACCGUCAGCGUUCCGUGGGAGGAAGGUGGUUCUCCUGGGGGCGGGAGCCUCAGGGCAGGAUAUCUCUAUCGACGUGAGCUCAGAGGCCAAAGAGGUGUUCCUCAGCAGCAGAAAGGCGCCAUUACAAUGUCAGUUGCCGGAAAACGUUCAUCUAGUUCCUGGAAUAAAACAUUUAAAGGAAAAGUCGGUUGUGUUUGAGAAUGAUCAGGAAACAACGAUCGACUCUCUUCUCUUCUGCACUGGUUACAAGUACACCUUCCCUUUCCUUGACCCCAAAAUAGGGGUCAAGGUCGACGAAGACCAACGAAUUACUCCCCUUUACAAGCAUUUAGUUCAUUCCAAGUUUCCAUCUUUGUUUUUGAUUGGUUUCUGCAAAACUGUUUGCCCUUUCCCACAAUUCCACGUUCAGACAAGUACUGUGAUGUCUAUCCUCAGCGGAAAAGUUCAACUGCCGUCAAGGCAGGAGAUGGAGAAGGAUGAAGCCGAUGAUCUUGCCGCACGUAUGGCACGUGGGUUGCCAAGGAGACAUGCACAUGAGAUGGGUCCUCAUCAAUGGGAAUACAAUGCCCAGUUGGCACAGUUAGGAGGAUUCCAAGAUCCCAUUCCAGUCAGUGUGAAAAACAUCUAUGAUUAUGUACAUCGAACAAGGGUUAAGAAUUUGAUUGGAUAUAAGAAAGAAAAAUAUACACGUGUCGGAAACGAUAUCUCCCAUGUUGCGGCAUGAAGUGUUACGGAAAUAUGUGAAUACAUGUUACUUUUUAUAAACAAACUUUAUUCUUGUAAUGCAAUAUUUGGUAAUAUAUGUGUAUGUACAAUCUAUUGAUGCUCUUAAAAGAUGACAUUAUGGCUGUACAACUGAGAAAAAUACAUUCUAUAUACUCUUGCAGGAAAGACGUAUGUAGAGCCCUGAAUCCUGCAGUGGAAUAAAAAUGUUUAUGUCAACUGAUAAGUGUAUCCACCCAUUGCCAAUGAAAUCAACAUACUUUCCAUAUAUCAUACUGGACAAUAUUUAGCUAAUGUUUUUGGCAAUGAGAAAUGAGGAAAUACUGAUUUAAUAUCAAUACCUUUGUAUGCAGGAUAUUACCUUUUGAAUAUUAUUGUAUUGUGGACCGAUGACCUAUAUUAUUAAAUAAAUUUAUCUGUCUGAAACCAA